UCAUCCCGGGCUGACGCUCACAAGUCCGGGGUAAGUAUACAGCGAUCUGUUAACAGUCCCACCACGUCUACUCCGUGUGUUUCUCUGCACAGGCCCGGUGCACCCAGGACGCGAUCUUCCCAGAUGUCCUUCACUGCGACGCCGGGACACCACGGACCCUGGGUGCAUCCACAGCGGAGGACGCGAGCCAGGUCCCGGGCGACGACUUCUCCCCCUCCUGCCUUCGACAUCUCCAUCCGGAACCGCUUCGCUCCCCUCCGCGAGACAGGACGCGACGCUGUGAUCAUCGGAGACUCCAUCGUCCGACACAUACCCGCGAUCCUGAAGGUCGACGAGAGCCCCAGAGUGGUCGUGCUUCACGCCGGGGUUAACGACACCACGCUGCGGCAGACGGAGACGCUGAAGAGGGACUUCAGGAGCCUGAUCGAGACGGUUCGCAGCACGACGCCCGCGGCGACGAUCGUCGUGUCAGGACCACUGCCCACGUAUCGACGAGGACACGAAAGGUUCAGUAGACUUUUUGCUUUAAAUGAAUGGUUGUUGUCAUGGUGUAAAGAACAGAAACUGCUAUUUGUUAAUAACUGGAAUCUUUUCUGGGAGCGUCCUAGGCUGUUUCGCGCUGAUGGAUUACACCCCAGCAGAAUCGGAGCGGAGCUGCUCUCUGACAACAUCUCCAGGACACUUCGCUCCAUGUGACUAGUAAGACAAUUCUCUAAUAACUAUUAUGAUGAGUUUUGUUCCACCCGCUUAAAUGAUAAAAGUACUUGUGCUGUAAAAACUAUUAAGACUGUGUCUGUUCCCCGAAUAGUGAGGUCAAAAUAUAAAUGUAGGAUCUAGAAAAAAUCUUAUCGUAAUUAAACCAGAAAAAUGUAAAGUAAAUGAACAAAAACAAUUUUUAAAGUUUGGGCUCAUAAAUAUUAGAUCACUCACACCCAAAGCAGUUAUUGUAAAUGAAAUGAUCACAGAAAAUAGUUUUGAUGUACUCUGCUUGACUGAAACCUGGCUAAAACCAAAUGAUUAUUUUGGUCUAAAUGAGUCUACUCCACCAAACUACUGUUAUAAGCAUGAGCCCCGUCAGACUGGUCGUGGUGGAGGUGUUGCAACAAUAUAUAGUGAUAUUCUCAAUGUUACCCAGAAAACAGGAUACAGGUUUAACUCUUUUGAAAUACUUCUGCUAAAUGUUACACUGUCAGACAUGCAAAAGAAAUCUAAUGUAUCUCUUGCUCUGGCUACUGUGUAUAGACCACCAGGGCCGUAUACAGAAUUCCUAAAAGAAUUUGCAGAUUUCCUCUCAGACCUUCUAGUUACAGUUGAUAAGGCGCUAAUCAUGGGAGAUUUUAAUAUUCACGUUGAUAAUGCAAAUGAUACAUUAGGACUUGCGUUUACUGACCUAAUAAACUCCUUUGGAGUCAAGCAAAAUGUCA